AUGGCUUCCACUGUUUCCUCUGCUCGCAGAAUCCCAACACCAUUCGGCCGAGACAGCUUAACUGCUGUAGCGGCUCGAAGUGUUCCCGUCAACAAGAGCCAUCCUCUUCCUACUCCUCCGAACUCUAUCUCUCCCAACCUACCUCCGCAUGCCAUCAAAUCAUUUGGUACUCGGUCGCCGCUGCCUCGACUCAAUCUGGAGCAUGUCGAUUCCGACUUGGACUUGCAAGAUGCAAGUGGAAAUGAAGGAACUUCGGAUAUGGGAUCGCCGGGGUUGGAUACCACUGGUGCUAUUACCCCUAGUCUAUUGGCUAAGCACCAUCUUCCCGAAAUUUUGUUGGAUCACGGCCCACUUGCUAUCCGCCACAUCAUGGGCUACCUCACUACUUCAGUUCCCGGCUUUUCUGGAAUUCCACCCGCGAAAGCUAGAAGGCUUGUAGUGGGUGCACUUGAAGGACGUGGAAAUGGCGGUGAGGCGGGCGGUGUAAAAGGAAAUGUGUUGUUCGAGAAAGUGGGUUGGGGCAGAUGGGACGCGAGACUUAAGGGGCAUCCGGCUAGAAUGGGUCGAGCUUUUGGAAAUUCACCACCACCAAGUUUACCAGAUUCCUAUCCAAUUGGAAUGCCAAUUGCCAACAACCAAGGAUGGUCAUUUACUCGGACACGUCUCAAUGAACCAGGGACAAGUUGGGCUGGGGAUUCGGCGAUUUUUUCUCAUGGAGAUGAUAUCUCGAUGCCUGAUGAGGCCGACAAAAUGUCUUUGGAUGGCGAUGAGUCGAGUUCUUCCUCAUCCGAGCCUGGAGAAGAUGCAAUGAUGGUGGACGAUCCAAAUGAUGUCACGGAUGAGGAGGAUUGGGCAGCUGUUGGGGCCGCUGCAUUGCGAGCAGCAUCCUAUUCAGCAUCUGGUCCCCUUACAUCUGGACCUCUCCCACAAGUUUUCAACUCUCAUGUAUAUAGGGGAGGUCCUCGACCUAAAGUUGGACAUUCCGUUCCAGCACCGGUACGAAAUCACACCCCAAAUGGCUUCACAGCUUUAAAUAUGGCUUCUGCAGAUUCUCAAGAACGAGAGGCCAUUGAAGCACUAUUACGACUUGGUUCUGUAUAA